AGCUGUUUCACGUUGCUAAUAUUCUGCGCAAGAUGUUAUCCACGAUUUACAUGCAAGGCAGUGAUGCAAACAAGCAAUAAAGGAAUUCUUGUGUGGUUGCUUUUUGGAUAAAAAGACCCCUGUCUCUCUUCGCCCACUAUGCGGAGGCUUAACGAUACCGACGCCGUCCGUAUAGGUCGCAUAUAAGGGAUAUUUUAUGGAAGGUGGGACGAGGGAGAGGUUGUGAGGCUGGAGAGUCGAGACAUCGGCAGAGCUAGAGGCUAGAGAGAGAGAAGCCUUAGCAAGCUAGCUCUCGUGACAGUAACAGUUAGAACGGAACAGUGACUUUUUCCGUACAACAACACGUCGGCUCGGUCAUCAUGGCUACGAAUGGUAACAACUUAACGCCUGGGAUGGGAGAGAUCAUCCAGUUAAACGUCGGUGGGACAAGGUAAGCUUCGUCAACAGGACAGCCCGGCAGAUGAUGGUCAUCAUUUUGGAAAUUUGAGCUCUGGCUACGUACGCGUAUGAUGAUAUCUGCAUGGCCAAGCUGCCAUGGAUGUAGCUGAAGUAGAUACACCAGGUUCAGCACCUCCAGACAGACUCUGAUGUGGAUUCCAGACUCUUUCUUCUCGAGUUUGCUGAGUGGAAGGAUAUCCACUCUUCGGGAUGAAACUGGAGCUAUAUUUAUUGACAGAGACCCUACAGCUUUCGCACCAAUUUUGAAUUUCCUCCGAACCAAAGAAUUGGACUUGCGGGGUGUCAACAUCAGCAUCCUGCGACAUGAAGCAGAGUUUUACGGGAUAACUCCUUUAGUGCGGCGCCUGCUGCUGUGUGAGGAACUGGACCGCUCGUCGUGCGGUAGCGUUCUCUUCCAUGGUUACCUACCACCCCCAGCCAUCCCUGCCCGUAAGUCAAGCCCUGCCUCAGCAGCCUCUGGCCCCUCCUCUGAUGAGCGGCCGGGUCCAAGUGGAGCAGAGGGCUUCACCCGUGUUGGUCCCCCUCCUCACCCUUCCCUCUCUGGCUCACCUGGAACAGACGACAACCACAAACUGGGUCCUGUGGUUGACCCUAGGAAGGUGCUGAUUAUAGCGGGACACCACAACUGGAUUGUGGCAGCUUACGCACACUUUGUUAUCUGCUACAGGAUAAAGGAAUCUUCUGGAUGGCAGCAGGUGUUUUCCUCCCCCUACCUUGACUGGACCAUUGAACGCAUCGCGCUUAACGCUAAGGUGGUGGGUGGCCCGCAUGGAGACAAGGACAAGAUGGUGGCCGCCGCCUCUGAAAGCAACAUUAUCCUCUGGAGCAUCCAAGAUGGAGGCAGUGGAAAUGAGAUAGGUGUAUUCAGUCUCGGUGUACCUGUGGAUGAUUUGUUCUUCAUUGGGAACCAGCUGGUGGCUACAAGCCAUACAGGGAAGGUUGGGGUAUGGAAUGCUGUCACACAGCACUGGCAGGUUCAAGAUGUGGUUCCUAUUACCAGUUGUGACACAGCAGGAUCCUUCCUUUUACUGGGUUGCAACAAUGGGUCUAUCUACUACAUAGACAUGCAAAAGUUUCCACUGAGGAUGAAGGAUAAUGAUCUUCUAGUGACAGAGCUUUAUCAUGACCCUUCAAAUGAUGCCAUCACUGCUCUGUCUGUCUACCUCACACCUAAAACCAGUGUGAGUGGGAACUGGAUAGAGAUAGCCUACGGGACUAGCAGCGGUGCAGUAAGAGUGAUCGUGCAACACCCAGAGACAGUGGGAUCGGGCCCCCAGCUCUUUCAGACAUUCACUGUGCACAGGAGCCCGGUGACAAAGAUUAUGCUGUCAGAGAAACAUCUGGUAUCAGUGUGUGCGGACAACAACCACGUUCGGACGUGGACGGUGACCCGGUUCAGAGGGAUGAUCUCCACCCAGCCAGGCUCCACCCCUCUGGCUUCCUUCAAAAUACUGUCCCUGGAGGAGACGGAGAGCCACGGGAGCUACGGCUCUGGGAAUGAUAUUGGUCCAUUUGGAGACAGAGACGAUCAGCAGGUUUUCAUACAGAAGGUGAUCCCCAUCACCAACAAACUGUUUGUGAGGCUCUCAUCUACUGGAAAGAGGAUCUGUGAAGUGCAGUCAGUGGAUGUGACCACCAUCUCUUGCUUCAUGGUGCGGGAGUGUGAGGGUUCGAGCCGGAUGGGGUCGCGACCUCGGCGCUAUCUGUUCACUGGCCAUGGCAACGGCAGCAUCCAAAUGUGGGACCUGACCACUGCCAUGGACACCGCUAACAAAGGAGAGGAGAGGAAGAGAGAGGAUGCAGGUGGGCCUACAGAGGAGGAGCUGCUGCAGCUGUUGGACCAGUGCGACCUGAGCACCUCCCGCUGUGCUACACCAAAUAUUAGCCCCGCCCCCUCCAUGCUGCAUCACACACGCCUCAGAGAGUCCUGCUCAAGUCUGCAGUUACAGGCCCAGGAGCCCAUUCCUGAGAGCCAGCCUACUUACGGAGCUGUGCGACCCUACAGAGCGAGCCCCCUGCUGGCCCGCGCACGACGAACUGAGUCCUUCCACAGCUACAGAGACUUCCAGAACUUCAGCCUGAGUCGAGGUGUCCUGGACAGCACUGGUCAGGCGUCCACACAGGGCCCCAGCCAGACCCUUGAUGUCCGCCGUUCGCUCUGUGACUUUGGGCCUGACGACAGCGAGCGGAGAGCCACAGCUAUGGAGUUCUGGGCUUGUCGAACAGCCAGUUCAAGCUCUAACACAAUUAUCGGAGCUAUUACGAGUGCUGAUGUUUCCGGGGUGAAGACAGAAGGCGGUCAAGAGUCUCUACGACAGCCGCCUGACAGCCCGAUUCCCAGAGGCGACGUUAGGCGGAAGGUGCACCCAAACCCAGAGGAAGGAGAGGGUAUGGGAUCAGGGGGAGAGGGGGUGAAGGUGGAGGGAGGUGUGAGGAAGAGGGGAGUACUAGAAGGAGGCUUUCUGGGGAGGAAGAAAGCUCCUCCAGUCCCCCACCUCUCUUCUGUGCCCUCUGGAUCUGAAGGUGGUGGCAGCGACUCAUCUGCCAACGGCUCCCCCUCCCCGACCAAAGUGUCUUCCUCCACCUCACCGCGACACAGGAAGCUGGCCCCUGAGCUGUCCAAUCAGGACAGCAGCCUGUGACAGUGCCCACCACCCUUUUCUUUCCAUCCCAGUCAGAGGAAUCAUCUUGUAGAGGCAUCCUGUAGGCACAUGUGGAGUUCUGGAUAUCACAGCAGAGGAGGAAUGUGGCUUUUUCAGGUGUAGCUUAUGAUGUAACUGGAUAAAUGACCUUCUAGUUUUGGGACUCCACACAAUAUGCUACCAUGCUUUAAUGAGUCUGUCUCAGGACAGGUUUGCUUUCUACGCUGACAAACUUUUAUUUAAACGAUACACCUUUUUUUUUUUUAAGUCAGUGGAACUCAAACAUUGGUGUCAUACUUUUAAAGGCAAAAUCUAUCUGACAUGACGAAGCAGUUGCAACAUCCCAACAGCAACAGCAUGUCAUCUCAACCAGGCCAUGAAUGCAUUUGGGUUUUGAUGUUUUAAGGGAUUUCAAUUUUUAUCACACUUGUAAAAUCUGCUGGGCACAACUGGACCUCCGACUAUCUCAGAUGGCUUUUGGUGUAACAGAUGACGGGUGAUGAGGUUUGCACUUUCAGCUAAAAAUCUGAAAGCAAUUUGCCAGCUCAGUUAGUCUAAUAAGAGAACUGCUGAAAUUGGUUUCUCUCCCUGUGUGUUCAAGCUACAUCUUAACAAACAAUACAAUAACUACAGGAACAGGCGUGUUGUUACUGCCUGUUUGGUUGAAGCACAAGCAGGUGUUAGGCCACUAAAGUGUAGCUUGAAUCAAGGUUCAUCAAAAUCAAAAUCAAGCACAAAAGCACACUACUAGUAAAACAAAAAAGGAUUUAAAACACUAUCUAAGGAGCGCUUUAUCUUGUGAGACCCUUAAACAGAUAAUGGAAGCAAAAUGGAAUUAACAAUGGCACAGUUUGUACUUUUAUCAGAUAUCUGAAGUUUUUUUUUAUUGACUUAUAGUCUGGUAGGAAUUUGUUCAGAACCUGACCUAAAUCAUUUGAGCUUUGAACAGAAAACUAACAACAAACUAUAAUUUUCAUCAUAAAUAAAAAAAAAUACCCAUUACAAAAACAUUCAAAUUACAAUGAUAUAAAACAGAAAAAGGUUGCCAUUUUUGGUGAUUGACCAAACAAUUAUUGACUAGAUUUGGAAGGAUUAGGCCCCUUUUAAAAACUCAGUAUGAUGUGGCGUGUCUCUGACAAUAUGUACAACCUGUCGUUCCGUGAAUGGCUUCUUUAACAUAACUUAAACAUGUUGCCCUACCAGAACAUUGGCAGCUACUUGAACACUAGUCCCGCAUUGCCAGACCUUUUUAUCAUUCUGCAAUAGGGGAAAAAAAACGCUCUGGCUUGUUUGUAUUUCUUGAAACCAAUCACAAUCAUCUUGGGUGGCGCUAAGCCCAGGGUGCAGUGACAGUGCCCUUGAACUAGUGUCAGGAGGGAACUUGUUUUAGUGGAACAUUUGCAUGUGGAGAGGCUAAAUCCCCACAAAAUAUCAAUUAUAUACAUAUUUGUAUAUCAUUACAACCAUUCACCAAAAGACCCAAGCAGGCCUGCCUUAUUGGACGAUCCAAAUCUUCGUCAAAAAUUGUGAUUUUCAAACCGUCCUGGACUAUGCAACGGUGGAGUUAAGAUGCCCGAAGAGCUACACUGUGAUUUUCACAUGAAGGCUUCAGGAUUGAUAAAUAGUAUGUGUUACACAGGGAUGUUGGCCUGCAACAACAAAUAAUCCUCAUGUGAACAGGUCCCUGCUUUUCACUACAGCUGGCUAUUUGAAAUGUAACUUUACAAGUUCCAGGCAAUUUGCAAUAUUAACUUAUGCUAACAGUAGCAUUACAGCCUCCCUGCAACAUGUGACAUGCAGUGCAUUGACCUUUCAGUGCAGUCAUUUUGACUUGUCAUAGAAGGAAAAGCACAGGUGAAAACUUUCAUUAGUGAUGGGCUCGUUUCUAUCAAGUGUCCCAGUAAACCAUGAAAGUGAGCCAGCAUGCACAAAACCAGGACCCUGGAACUAGCUCAGCUAAAUGGAAUGCAGUCUUUUAUCAAUUACACUGGUGCUUGACCUGCUAUGACAAGCCAAAAUGUCUUUAUAAUCCAACACAGCAAUUUGAGCAAUUUUCAUAAAACAUUUCUAAAUGUGAAUUUGAAAACAAAUUAGUGGCACAGCGCUGGAAGCUUACAGUUUGAGGACAGCUUUAUGGUUUUUUUUUGUGGAGAUUGAUUCAUCAAAAAGAUCACAUUUAGACUAACAGUUACGGCAAAUCAAAUAUACAACAACAUCUGUUCUUUUUGCUUUGUGGUAUAUACAGUAUAUGACCUUUUCCUUGAUGUCUAAACAGAGAGAAAUAAUAUGGUAAUUUUUCUAAUUUUACUGUUCAGACCGCUAGAAAUAAGGAAAAACAAUUUGUGUUCCGGUCUAAAUUUAGUCUGUUUUUUCACAGUGGUGCCUGUACAAGAUCACACUUAUUAUUAUUAUUUAUAUCUUAUUUCGUUUACAGUAUCACAAUAUAACUACACUCAAUACAAGGGCCUGGUACACUACAUCACUUUACUCCCGUUGAAACAGAUUUUAAUGUGUUUUGUUUUGGAUGACUGUUGCAGUGCCUUAUUUAACUUGUUUGACAGUUAUCAGCCUGUUUGUGUGUUGUCAUUGAAUAGGAUUCUGACCAAAGGCUUGUGAAGACUGUGGAGCCACAUAACGGACCUGUCCACUCUGGCUUUGGCUAGAACUGUCUAAUGAUAGAUUUACACCAGGCCAAAUCAGAUUUUGUGAGUGGUCACUUGAAUCGAUGGGCAUUACAGUACAUAUUAAAUUAUCAACAUCUAUUGUACAUAAUCUUGAUAUAGAUGAAAAGGUCCAUCUUGGUUAUGAUAUAGUUGUGAAGGUCUAAAAGGACAGCUGGAAGUGAAAUGGCAGCAACCGUAAUUAGCAUAGUCAUUUUGUGAACUAAACCUGCUUGUUUACUGCUUGAACCCAUCAGAUCCCCUGUGAGAUUUCCACUAGCUGUUUGUUUGGGAUAACUUAAAGAAACCAAGCAAGCUCGUGAUCUACGGUACUUUUUUGUAAUCAUUGUGGGGACAACUGUAAAAAAAAAAUUGUAAUGAUAGAAAAAUGUAAAAGGAGCAAGAAAGAAUGUCCUGAAAUGUUAAUUAUAAUUUGCCAAAUCCAGCAGCUAUAUAACCUCUUUUUUUUAAGCACAUUGCUUAUCAUUUCCACAUCAACAGAUGAACUGACCAUGUGGUCCCUGCCUGUACAAAGAUGUACAAUUUAUACACUUAUUAACUCUAUGAAAAGUAGACAGACAUAUUCAAAACAAAAUCCUAAUGUGGAUGCAUUGGUGUGUGUUAUGUUAUGUGUCGAUACUUACACUGUUGUUCAUUACAUAUUGUUGAUAAUCAUAUAAUGCCUAUAUUGAUAUCACCAUGCUAUUGGACCUAACUGCAUUUGCACUUGCACUAUUAAGACUAAUAUUUAAGUAAAUUGCUAGUGUUUAUUUUAUAUUAAAACAUAUAAAGUUCAAAGUGUAUUUCAGCACAUUACUGUUUGUCUGUCUUCUAAAAUCUGUCUGUCCUUAUCUCUUGUCCCCCAGUUCCUCUCUGGCUAUGUUUACAUUAUAUUACAGCCAGAUGAUAGUGAGCUAAAAGGAAAUCAUGUUUGUUUAAACUGCCCUGUACGUCAUUGUUUUACAUUGUGUGUGUUAGAAAAUGCUGCAUUUUGUUGUAAUAUUAUUUACAGUGCUGACACAUAUGACAAAUAUGUUAACAUUGAACAUUUCAGAGCCUCAAUGUUCAUGUUCAAUUUAAUCUACAACUGUGUUCACUAAAACCUCUCAAAACUAAA